AUGCGCUCUCACUCAAAGUGUCGCUGGGCUGCGUUCAGUGGCGCUGUCAAACUCAUCGAGACAACAACAAAAGCAAAUUGGACUAGCAUCCGAAAUAAAUAGUAGAAAAUAAUAUUAAGCAACACUUUUUCAGUUUUCUCUUGUUUUUUUGUUUUUUGCUGAGUAGGUAUCAAAUAAAUAAGUGAAAAAAUAAAUAGCAUGCGGCGGUAAAAUUCUCGUGUUUCGAUUAAUGGUGUGUGAGCGUAAGCGUGUGUGUGUGUGUGCUUUUAUGUUAUUUUUAUAGACUUUUGUGUGGCGACAACGAGCAAAUUAUAUACAUACGUACAUAUUGUGCAAAAAUAAUAAUAAAACUAAACAAAUAUAAGAAAAAAAGUCAGUGCAAAGAGAACACAGUUCAUUGUAUAACUCUGGCAGUGAAUAUUAUUUGAGAUUCGAAAAGUGAAACCGACAAUAAAAAAGCGAAGAAGCAGUCCAAAACAAAAAACAAGUCUAUUCCACAAAUGGCAAACGCAGAACGACGCUGUCGUCAUCUCUGUCGUCUGCGCCACAAUCAUAAUCAUCAGCUGCUGCUGCUGCCGCUGCCGUUGCAGUUGAUAUGCCAUAGCAGCUGCCAGUAGGGCUGCCGCAUAAUGCCAAGUGCCCAUUACCUACCACUCGACCCGCAAGCAUCCGACGCCGACGACCUAGAAGAGGAAGAAGGACAGCAGGAGCACAGGACAUCAAUGAACAACAAUCAGUACAACAUACGCUACCAUCCACAACCCGCUGUCGACUACGACGUUGUCGUCGACGACGACGACAACGACGACGAUAGAACGCCUACAAUGGGCAAGGCACCACGUUUAAGUCGCUCCAUUCCGAGCAGACGACGAUGCUGGAUAAUGCCGAUAAUGCUCCUUGUACCAUUCUGCAUUGUCUUCUUAUACUUCAUGCUCAGCUCACAGACCUUGGGGCUGGGAACUUCUUUAGAGGAUGUCGAUGAUGACUAUGAGCCACACAAUGGUAUAGAUAGUCCAAAUACGCACGCUCUGAAUGAAACGCUGCACAUCUGCAGUGAAAGUCAUGAGGAUGGCCGACUCUAUGUGCAAGAUAAACCAAGCAGUGCCUACGCACAAUUGCCUGUGAUCUAUUUCGUAACACCCACAUAUCCAAGACGGGAGCAGAUACCGGAACUCACGCGUCUGGCACACUCGCUCCUCCAUGUGCCUCGUCUUCACUGGCUGGUGGCCAAUGAUCAUGAGAGAUGUGAUACGUAUAUGGAUAUAUUGCUGAAUCGAUUUGGUAUACCCUUUACACAUAUGGCCAGUCCCAUGCCCCACAAAUUUCGUAAUAGCAAGCCUGCGCCCAGGGGCGUGGCAAAUCGGCGUGCAGCGCUGCAAUGGAUACGUCAACAUAACCUCACAAAUGGUGUGCUGUAUUUUGGUGACGAUGACAAUACAUAUGAUCUAAGACUUUUUACGGAAAUAAGGCAGACACAGCGUGUCUCCAUGUUUCCUGUUGGACUGAUAGCGGAUUAUGCAGUUAGUGGACCGGUGGUGCGGGAUGGUAAAGUUGUGGCCUUUCUGGACUCUUGGGUGGCUGCACGACGCUGGCCCGUUGAUAUGGCUGGCUUUGCUGUUAACUUGGGUUAUAUGUCGCUGUAUCCGAAUGUUAAUAUGCCCUAUAAGCCGGGCUAUGAGGAGGAUUUGUUUCUGCGUAGCAUUGGACUGCACAUAGAUCAAAUUGAGCCCAGGGGCAAUAAUUGCACCGAAAUACUUGUUUGGCAUACGCAGACCAAAAACAAAAAGUCGCCCGUUGUGCGUCUGGAGAAAAAAUAUCUGGACGGACGCUCCAAUUUGGGUGCGCUCUUUCGUUCGCUCAAAGUAAUGGGCGUGGCCUUCGCCUCGGAUACUGAAGGUCCUCUUGCAACAAUCAGUAAGAAUGGCAAAGGAAAGCCGCAUUCCUAUUUUCUGAGCUGAGCUUCAGUCAUGUAACUGCAAGUGUAAGAAUACUCAUAGCUAUUAUGGAGCAUUCUUGAUUUUGGGAAGAAUUGAUGCGUAUAUCCUACUUAAGCUUUACAUACAUUGGCAAUGACAGACGUCGAGCCUUUUUUGAAUAUCUUGUCAAAUUGUUUGCAGUUUAUGUAUGACAAUUCCCAGUUCUCAUAAUUAUAAUGCACUUAAUAAACAAAAUUUAUCAAUAUU